AUGGACGCAGUCGACACUCCUGCACCUCAGGCAGUCCCUGCCAAACGAGAGCCUCCGCCCGAGAAGCCAGAAGCUGUGAGCUUGCGGACGAAGAUCGUGUUCUCUUUCUGGGCUGUAAUUAUAUUACUCGGAGUGCCAACAUGGUGGCAGACAACCUCGAUCUACCGGGCCAACUUGCCUCUGCAAGAAAUGGUUGACUGGGCAGAUGGACUGAAUACUCCUACUUCCAUCCCUUUGCAUAUAUGGGUCGAAGCGCCUAGUCUCUCUUGUCUCGAUGCGCAACGACUUGUGCAAGACACCCAGCAAGCGCUCGAUGACCUUAACGAAUAUCCUACCCUCCACCAGCGAUUACAUCUUGUUCGUGGAUCGUGGAAGGAUGAAAGCGGUAAGGGGAAAGAACAGCAUUCGGGGUGCGGUGAAGAUGCUACAAACCCAGUUCUGGGAGAGCCCUCUCUCAAGAUCCUUCUGGAGCCUGCAAAAGAUUCUUUCGAGUUCAAGUUGGAUCCUGUCGCUGCCACGGCUGUUGUACGAGGACCAAUACCACAUAUUCCCAAACAGCUAGCAGACAAAGUACAAGAUCUUUUCAAGGAUGAGCAGAUCGCGGCCGCACUUCAAGUCGUAUCGCUAGCCGGUCACACUAACUAUGCGCAAUCUUUUCUGCGCUCGCAAUCCAUCGAGCACGUCAGUACUAUCGAGAAGCGCAUCAGUCGUGCUUACAAGGCAUCGCCGGAAUUCCAUUUGACCUUCUCCCUUUUCACGGCUACUGAAUCGCCAUCGAGCUGGGAUGUGCAGGAAGCCCUCAAAGACAGCAUUUAUCCACUUGUACAGGCGUUGUCUAAUAUCGCUAAGAUUGGUAUCACCACGCAAGUUCAGCUCUACUCAGCAUUCUCGCCAGCUGUCCAGCCCAUCUUUGUCGAGGGAUACAAUGGCACGCUUUUGCCACAAAAAGAUCUUACAGCCUUCGUGAAUGCCGCAGAAUGGCCACUUGCUCCAUCCAUCGGAGAAGGGCCUACGCUUAAUUUCAUUCUUUACGUCCCUUCCCCCGACCAGAUUCCAUUGGCGAUCGAUGGAAGCGAGGGGACAUCGUGGCUGAUUCCCCAGUGGGGUGGUAUCCAAAUUCUCAAUCCGGACUUGACUAUCAAUUCUGUCUCCGGAAAGUUUACGCCGCCUAGUCAUCUAAACAGGGAGAUCCUGCAACUACCCUUUCAGACGUUCUCCUCUCAGCUUCUGUCAUUGCUGGGUACCUUGAACUCGGAAGAGUCCACGAAGAAUCUACCUCUCCAACUCCGGCUUGAUGCGUACAAGCGCUUCUCUGCGCUAACCCUUUACCUGAAAGCUGCGUCCAGCUUAGGGUCGUUGUCGAGGUUGGCACAGCGGCUUAGCAACAUUCCUAUCCCAAAGCAUGUCGCACAAUUGAUCGAUGAUACAAUCGGUAACCUGACUGCGUGCUGCCAUGCAUUCCAGGACAGCAGGUGGGAUCUGGCGCUUUCACACGCCCAAACUGCAUAUCAAGAUAGCGAGAAGGCGUUCUUCGAUAAAUCAAUGGUAGGACAAGUCUACUUCCCCGACGAGCACAAGGUUGCUGUUUACCUGCCUCUGCUCGGUCCUAUCGGCGUACCCCUUAUCGUCGGGCUUAUACGAGAACUCAAAAGAACGGCCUCCAAGAGCAAGGUAGUGGCAAACUAA